GAGAGAACUCAUUGCUUCUCACUUCUCAGGGGGCUCCAGCCUUAGCGGUGCAGCUGCUCCAGGGGGUCUCUGGGCACUUCUGUCCAUUCAUCAUAUUUCUGUCCUUCCUUCCUUAUUUCUCCAGGAAAGCGAGGGCUCGUCUGGUUUCCUUAUCACUUGCCAAAGUGGCUUGAGGAGGAGCCUGUGUGGUUCUGUUAUUUCUGGCUGUUUGGGGAUGGUAACAGCACAACUGAGCGCAGACACACGGCUCAGGAGUCGGAAUCGGCGGAGGAGGGAACCCUAAAGUCAAUGCCAGGAUAUUGGGGACACCAGGAGGCUUCGGUUCCUUCCAUCUGGGGCACUGCCACUUGGUCUCUUUGCUGGAGCUGAGCUGUGGGAUAUACCGUUGGAUAUAUACAUUAUUUCAUUUCUGCCUGCGUUGUCUGUGCGAUUGUGUCGCGGCUCCAAGCCCAGGAUGCUUCUCCGGCUGCUCUCCUGCUGGCUCCUCUGCAGCCUCCGCUCCUCCUGGGCAUCAAGGAACGACAAAUGUGGAGAUACAAUAAAGAUCACGAAUCCCAGCUACCUUACUUCUACUGGGUACCCUCAUUCAUAUCUGCCAUCCCAGAGAUGCGAAUGGUUAAUUCAGGCCCCGGAACAGUAUCAGCGGAUCAUGAUCAACUUCAACCCUCACUUUGACUUGGAAGACCGGGAGUGCAAAUAUGACUAUGUAGAAGUGAUUGAUGGGGACAAUGCCAGUGGUCAAUUAUUAGGAAAAUUUUGUGGAAAGAUUGCUCCUUCUCCUCUCGUCUCUACUGGACCUUCUAUAUUCAUCCGGUUUGUCUCUGACUACGAAACCCACGGAGCCGGAUUUUCAAUCCGCUAUGAAGUUUUCAAAACAGGUCCAGAAUGCUCCAGAAAUUUUACAUCAUCCAAUGGAGUGAUAAAGUCUCCAAAAUAUCCAGAGAAGUACCCAAACGCUUUGGAAUGUACCUAUAUCAUCUUUGCACCCAAGAUGCUAGAAAUCGUCCUGGAAUUUGAAAGCUUUGAAUUAGAGCCUGAUGCCAAUGCACCUGUGGGACAGAUGUGCAGAUAUGACUGGCUGGGAAUUUGGGAUGGAUUCCCAGGUGUUGGCCCUCACAUUGGCCGUUACUGUGGACAGAACACUCCUGGACGUGUUCGAUCUACCACUGGGAUCCUCUCGAUGAUUUUUCACACAGACAGCGCAAUAGCGAAGGAAGGAUUUUUUGCUAACUUCAGUGUUGUACAGAGUAACACCAAUGAAGAUUUUCAAUGCAAAGAACCACUAGGCAUGGAAUCAGGGGAAAUUCAUUUCGACCAAAUCUCCGUAUCGUCCCAGUACAGCAUGAACUGGUCUGCAGAGAGAUCACGGCUGAAUUAUGUAGAGAAUGGGUGGACUCCCGGAGAGGACACAGUCAAAGAAUGGAUACAGGUAGAUCUUGAAAACCUACGCUUUGUCUCUGGAAUAGGGACCCAGGGAGCCAUCUCUAAAGAAACCAAGAAAAAGUACUUUGUGAAAUCCUACAAGGUUGACAUUAGCUCCAACGGGGAAGACUGGAUUACCCUGAAAGAUGGAAACAAACAUCUGGUUUUUGCGGGAAAUACAGACGCAAAUGAUGUAGUGUAUCGAGCAUUCCCUAAACCGGUUAUCACUCGAUUUGUCAGAAUCCGUCCUGUUACUUGGGAAAAUGGAAUAUCACUGAGAUUUGAACUCUAUGGCUGUAAAAUCACAGAUUAUCCGUGUUCUAGAAUGUUGGGCAUGGUGUCCGGACUUAUAUCUGACUCUCAGAUAACAGCAUCUAGCCAGGUGGAUCGAAACUGGGUUCCUGAACUUGCUCGUCUUGUGACAAGCCGCUCCGGCUGGGCAUUGCCCCCCUCAAACACUCAUCCCUACACCAAGGAAUGGCUUCAGAUUGACCUUGCAGAAGAGAAGAUAGUGCGUGGGGUCAUCAUCCAAGGAGGAAAGCAUAAGGAAAACAAAGUGUUUAUGAGAAAGUUCAAAAUUGGAUACAGCAAUAAUGGAACAGAGUGGGAAAUGAUCAUGGAUUCCAGCAGGAACAAGCCGAAGACAUUUGAAGGUAAUACAAAUUACGAUACCCCUGAACUACGGACUUUCGCACCCAUUACGACCCGCUUCAUUCGUAUAAUUCCUGAAAGGGCAUCAGUAUCAGGACUGGGUUUGCGUCUGGAACUGCUGGGCUGCGAAGUUGAAACACCGACAUCCAUACCCACUACCCCUGAGGUGAACGGAAUGGACGAAUGUGAGGACGACCUGGCAAACUGCCACAGUGGCACAGACGAGGGCUUCAAACUAACAGUUGGCACCACUGCACAGAGUACAGAGACACCAACAGUGGAAGCCAGCCCUGAGGAACCAGACAUGACACACACUGACCUAGACUGCAAGUUUGGCUGGGGAUCCCACAAGACCCUCUGUAACUGGGAACACGACAUCGGCUCAGACCUAAAGUGGGCAGUGCUCAACAGCAAAACAGGACCAGUGCAGGAUCAUACAGGAGAUGGCAAUUUCAUCUAUUCCGAAGUGGAUGAAAGACACGAAGGCAGAACUGCCCGACUGAUGAGUCCAGUGGUCUCCUCGGCUCGAUCUGCUCAUUGCAUGACCUUCUGGUACCACAUGGACGGAUCCCAUGUUGGCACCUUGAGUAUAAAGCUCAAGUACGAGAUGGAAGAAGGCUUUGACCAGACAUUAUGGACACUCAGCGGCAAUCAGGGGGAUCAGUGGAAAGAAGCCCGUGUUCUUUUACAUAAAACCAUGAAACAGUACCGGGUUAUUGUGGAGGGAACUGUUGGCAAAGGCAGCACUGGUGGCAUUGCAGUGGAUGAUAUCAUUAUUGCAAACCACAUUUCAACUUCACACUGCAGAACUCCAGAAAUAGAUGAUUCUAGCAAUAAAAUUAUCGAAGAGAAUUCUGAAAUCGAUAAAACAGGAUCCACACCCAAUUACGCUUUAAAUGAGUUCAAUGAGAGCAUCUCCAAGAAGCCAGGAAAUGUGCUGAAGACAUUAGACCCAAUUCUCAUCACCAUAAUAGCAAUGAGCGCUUUGGGAGUACUUUUAGGAGCAAUCUGCGGCGUAGUCCUUUAUUGUGCCUGUUGGCACAACGGGAUGUCGGAAAGAAACUUAUCAGCGUUAGAAAAUUACAAUUUUGAACUUGUGGAUGGCGUCAAGUUAAAAAAGGACAAAUUAAACACACAGAACUCAUAUUCAGAAGCAUGAAGCUACGGAAGGAGAAAGGUUUUUGCCGACACAUUAAAAAGACUUCAGUCCAUUGGCAUCGAGGGCCAGUGAUCUCUUACUGUUCAGGCUAUAAUGUGCGUUGGAGGAACGUGAAGCCAAGCUUUUCUCAGGAGCUUCAGUGAAUAUACCUGCUAACUAUGGACGUAUAUACAAUCUGAAUCAUUGUACAGAUGGCAUUUCUGUUUUCGUUUUGUUCUGAAUAAUCCAAUGCUGGUGUUGAGACCAAUUACGAUCGAUUUUAUGGUUUGUGAUCUAUGUUGCGUUCUGUUCCCCUGCUAUGGAUCACAGAAUACCUUGGGUGGGGUUCUUCGGACGGAUGUACGGUCUUGUAUGUCUGUACCCACAAUACCAUUGGACAUGCAGCACGGAGGUUUCUCCAUGUCUCGUGCAUAUCUGUUUGUGCUGUGUAAAGCAACUAUGGGUCAGGGAAACCCAGAACUACCACUAUAAUAUCUCAGACUUUAUUUUUCCUGAUUUGAAUUUUCAAGCAAAGCUCUACUGUACCGUUGCUUUGGGUGUUGUUCCGCAAGCGAGUUGCUUAAGCCGUCUAUACGACACAUGCACCACCAUCCCAUACAAGUGGCAAUAGAAGGGCCCUGGCUGCCCUUACGGAAAUGUUACUGGCACUGGUUAGUGGAUGUCCUCUCAAGUGCCUUUUUUCUGUUUGUAUUGGGUUUUGACUGUGUUUUUCACAGAUUCCAACAAUGUUUUUUCUUACAAAGCCCAAUUCUGGAACUGCAUUAGAGUGGCUAGAAAGGAAAAUGUACUUUUUUUGGGUGGGGGGGGGAGUUUGGCCUCUUAGAAGACAAGGUCUAAACGAGUUCUGUCAAUGUGGCUGAUGAGUUUAAUUCUGAGCAUAUUUUUUGUCUGUUGGUGAGUUUUAUUGUAAAAAGCUGCAAUAUCCUAUUUUUUGUUGUUUUUUGUUCUUUUUAGAAUGUAUUUAACAAUCGAUACUCGCUCAGAGUAGACUGAGUAAAAGCAUUUGCCAUAGUGAAACAGGCCGAAUGCCGCAUCUUGCUGGGAAAGACAUAGAAAGGAAAAGGCCUGAAGAAGGGAAAAAUCUAGCACUUUCCCUACAAAGUCUAACUUUGGUUUCUAUUAGGAUGUUGGAAGACGCAGUAUCAUUUUUUUCUAUUACCUAAAAUGCAUUAAAAAAAAAAAUACUGGGGCUUGGAACACAUUCAAGUGUUUAAACAACGAAAUAAAAUGGCCGUAGGCCUGAAAUACCAUGCUGCCUUGCAACGACUGUCCCCUUAGUAAGUCACUUGAACCUUUGAUGUUGGGUUUUGCCAACCACAUCUGCAAUUUAGUUUCAUUUAUUAUGCUCAGUCUGGGAGAUCUUAUACAACCAAGAUGUGCAUAGAACACAGGAACAAUUCCUUCCAACAUUCCCCUGUAAAUUGGGCUGCGGGAAUUUCAUCACAGCCUGCAAAAUAUUAUGCUUAUAAAGCAUACUUAUUUCAUUUAAAUUGCUUCAAUUUGAACAUUAUGUGGGAUGCUGGGAUGGCUACAGGCUGCCCAGGUUUGCAGUAGACCAGGAUACCAUAGUAUAUGCCCAGCAGUUUAGCAUGACCAGGUCAUUGGACAAUUCUAUAAAAUUCACUUAGCAAGACUGAACUGAUUUAAUUUAAUUUAAAUGCAAUCAAUUUCCAAUCAGUGCAGCAAAGCAAACUGCAUUUUAUAGAAAUGGCACUGAUUCUGCUGGUCAUCUGGUCGCCUUAUUCUAUCGCUGUCUCUGGAGUAGGUGUCAGUAGAUGGUAGGAACACGUGAUGCUUAACCCAACAGGAGUUUAUUGGUUGUAUCAGGAUUUCCUCCAAUCACCUGUCUAGUUUGGGAAGUAGGGAAUAUAUGUGGCCCGUAGGCAAAUAGAAAGAUUCUCCAUGUCCAGAACUUGCAACUAGCUGACUAGUAGGUGCCAUGGUGGUUGUCGUCUGGAGAAUAAGCAAGUUUUCCUUGACCAUAUUAAGCAAUAUGGCUGCUUCUACAACUGUAUGUGCAGAUAAGGAAUAUACUUUGGAAACCUUGCUAUGCCUUUAUACUUUGAUGUCUAUUAAAGGGAUAAUGAAUUAGAGAUGUUUAGCGGGCGGGAAGCACGAAUGAAAAAAGGGACAGAGAAGAAAUGGUGCUAUUUUCUGAUCAAUUUGAUAUGAUCGCUUGUACGCAAAUAUUACAAAGGUGCAAAAAAAA